UCGAUUUUCCGCCAUAUUUCGUCAAAGAACGGAAAUGACCGAGGUCACUGCAAAAUUUAUGUUGUUUCAGCUAUUCAUCCACUUUUAUCGGUAUUGAAUGUAAGAAAAAUGUUCUUUUAAUGUUGUUCUUUUCAUAAACAUCACCAAGAUGUGUGCAAAACCGUUUUGAUUGACCAUUUUCGGCCACAAUGUCCGAAGUCGAUAUUUCCGAGGAACUACCGAAUACUGACGAUUCGGCCUUCGCCGAAGAUCAACAACAAAAUGGCGAAGGCGGCAACGAUAACCACGCUGGUACCACAACAAUAUCAGCACCACAUGGCGCAAUAGCAGCUGAUCACGUAUUCGUCGCUACAUCCCAAGGUCUCCUAACAGCAGAACAGCUGCAAGAGGCGGCUGGCAUCAAAACGACACAUAUUGUCAUUCACGAUCAAACAUUGAAUGUGGAUUCCUCACCAACCGAGUUGAAGACUCCCACUACCCCUCUCCCCCCUCCAACCCCAGCCACGCCUCAAAGCAAGGAAAGGGGCUUCAGAUAUCAGUGGGACAGUUCAGUGCAUUCGGAAGUUUUGCCAGUGAGAUGCAAGAACACAAACGGAGAACUGCAUAAAGCAAAGUUUGGAUCAGGUGGGAGAGGGAAGUGUAUCAGGACCCCGGAGAAUCAGUGGUUUACCCCCAAUGAGUUCGAGUCUAUGAGUGGUAGAGCCAGCAGCAAAGACUGGAAACGCAGUAUACGAUACGGUGGUAGAACAUUACAGUGCUUGAUUGAAGACGGCAUCCUUCAGCCCCAUGCUACCUCCUGUACAUGUGCUGCAUGCUGUGAUGACGAGUCAGUGGUUCCUUUUCAGACUGGUCCAGUGAGAUUGUUUGUGCCUUAUAAAAGGCGAAAGAAGGAUAGUGAGAGUGGUCCCCCUUCGCCGCCCCCCAAAAAAGCACGGCCUUCAUCAGCCAAAUCCCCGCCUGCUGUUACAGCCAGCCACAUGACCAAAGAAGGUGUGGUAGUAUCUAUUGGUAACGGACAAGCCCUGAGUCGAUCCAUCACCGUGGCGAACGCAGAGAAUGGAGAAACGGUGCACAUCGUCACCACUGAUAGUGCAGGCAACAUCGUGACAGCAGGAGACGCAGUGGUGAUGACUCCAAUCGCCAUAGCUCCCAACCCCAAGAGCCAGACAGCCACAGUGGUGUCGAUGGAUGUUUCAGAGCAGAAGCAGUGGUGGCAGCUGGAAGAGAUGACAGCAAGUCUGAUUCAGCAAGCCCAGGGUCUGAAGGCCAUGUUGGAGCAAGUGAAGCAGCAGAGCCUAAUCAGCAAAGACCACGCUCUGCAGCAACUUCGGGCUCACAUGGAGAAAGAGAAACAAGAGGCCUUGCAUGCUGCUAGACUUGAAGCUCAGAUGAACCUGUCUCGUGUGUUGAUGGAGGAACGAGCACAGAGAGACCUGGCUGUUCAGCAAGCCUUGGUACAAGGGAGAGCGGAAAUGAGUGACAAACUGGACUCGGUGACAGUAGUGACUGAAGACAAAGUGAGCUACAAUGUGACGUGGCCACACCAGGCCACACAAAACAAUAUCGAGAAUAUCAUCUGUAACGAGGUUGACGAGGAGGAAGAAGAUUCAGAUAAAGAGAAAUAGUUUUUGUCUGCUCAGCAGUUGUUAAACAAGUGUACUUGAUGUUCUUACCCUGCUAUAUAUAUUUAUACGUCAUGUUUUGGAAUUGCAAUUUUCAUCAUUCAUUCAUGUCCUUGAUCCAGAUCUUGUUGGUUCAUUUUUUUAAUCCUUCCUCAUCAGGUUGUCUCCUCAGUUUGCCCUGUGUUUGUUUGGGUAUUUCUAUUCCUAUUUUUUCUUUCAUACAUCAACUGACAAGCCCUUACUCUUAUUACUAUGAAACUCAAUGUAAACUUUGUUAAAUGAAGGAUCUUGUACGCAAUAUUUUCAAUCAUUCUUUCAAGUGAAAUGUUAAAGUAACUUAGUGUCAGAUAUUUUGCUGGCAUUAUUUAACAUUUCAAUCUUACAAACAGCCCUCUUUUUUGUUGUUGCUCAAAGCAAUGGUAUGAGGUAUCAAUACAACGACAGUAAUGCUAAGAUUGGAUCAUAUGUUUCUACUGUAGGUGUACAAUGGUUUGGAAUAAAUUGUGCCUGAAAGAGGUGUAUGCAACGCUCUCCUUCUCUUUGACUUUGCUGUGAGGAAGUGCUUAUGGAAAAACUCACCCUUCCUGUAGUAUUAAAGAAAGUGUCUUCAACUCUCCUUUGCCACAGGGGGCUCCAACAUAGCCGAGUGAUAGGUCGUUCAAUCAUCGCUUACGCAGUAUGUUUUGAGCUAACCCUGACAUGAAAUUGAUCCACUUGUGCUAAAUGCGGCACAACAUCAAAUCAUUCACUCAUUUAUGUAUUAUAGCGUAAGUGUAGAUUAAUCAUUUGACCAGGGUCAUAACCAGUAUUUACAAAGGGUUCUACUGUAUCAUGGGAUUUUGGUGAAAAAUGUUUGUCAGACUUCUUCUAAGAGUUACUUCCCUUGUGUUUGCCCAUCGUGCUGUACAUAUUGCCUAGCGGUAUCAUAUUUGACUUUUACUCUUUAAUUAAGUGCUAUAAAGCAUUGGUUGCUUGUUUAAUGUUCUAUGUUACCUUCAUGCCCACUCCCAUCACCUGUUUGUCUGAAAGUUAGUGACUACAUGUAUGGAACACAAAUCAUGAUAAUAGUUCACUAUAGGGGUGUAACAGUACAUUUGUAUACUUGUGUACACUCCACGGAGCUGAGAAUGAAAUUUGGGUGCACCCGGAUCCAUUGGCAAGGGUAGCAAUGUUGCAGCAUUACAAGCUUACCGACAGGCAUGAAAGUAGGAGCUCUGAAAAAUGUACCCAGUAUUAUUAUUGUAGUAUGCCUCUAUGUUAUUGCCGGGGCGGUCGGGUAGCCUAGUGGUUAAAGCGUUCGCUCGUCACGCCGAAGACCCGGGUUCGAUUCCCGACAUGGGUACAAUGUGUGAAGCCCAUUUCUGGUGUCCCCCGCCGUGAUAUUGCUGGAAUAUUGCUAAAAGCGGCGUAAAACCAUACUCACUCACUCACUCACUCACUAUGUUAUUGCCGUAUCUGUAAAUCUUGUAAUCCACAUCCACCGUCGAUUGUUUACGUACACAAAUCUAAGCACGAUAUUUUAUCGUUUGAUCGAAUACAGGACUCAUUGCAAUAUGUCAUGGCUACUUGUAAGUUUACACGUUAACUUAUUUAUGAUAGUUUUUGAAGUGGAAUAACACCUACCUAAAUUCAAAACUGAUUAGAAAAGAACCUAUUUGUUUGGACGAUGUCCCUUGACCCAACCUAUGUCAUAUAUAUACCGGUACUGAUUAUGCUUAAUCCAAAACAGGAAGUGUUGCAAAGCACAUAUUCCACAUGUAUCAUACUACAAAAUAGAGUUUCCUGUCCUUUGUUUACCAAACUUGUUAAAGAACAUCAGCAUCGAUCAAUCCUAAUUGAUGUGUCAUAAAAGUAGAACAAAGAACAAGAACCAUUUUUCGUAUGACAUAUUUAAGAGGAUAGUAAGUGUGCACCAUUAAGAUCCUUUAGAAAUUUAUUACCGCGAUAAAAUAGCGUACCAUGCUACAUUUGGAACCCAAAAGUACAUGUGACCGAUGGUGUCAAAGUGACAUAUAUACACAGUGUAGAGUGAAGACAUCUUUCUUCCGUCAUGUUUAGGGUAGAUUCUGAUUUAACUAUACAGUUGUCAUGCUUGUUCUGAUUUUAUUAUGCUAUCCACACAAAUGGGAAACAAGACGUGUCCAAAUUACUUGGCGUGACAAACUAGAAAAGGAAACUCAUUUGAAAAUGAAAUUAGUCUGUUUUGGGGGCUACUCAAAGCAAAGCUAUUGCAGUGGCAAAUGUCUCCCCAGUCAGCAAUGUUGCAGCUCUAUCAAGUUAAAUCUUUGUGUUCAUUUGAUUAUCUGAUCCAAUCAUACAGAGAUAGUAAGUUGAAUUGAGAGAAGUUACACAUAGCCUAUCUUUAUUAUUUCUUUAUUGUUUAAUCUUGUUAUGCACACCGGUUUAGAAUUGUUCCCCAAUGUAGCUCUCCUACUUUCCAGUUGUUGAUUGGAUUUAGGAAUCUUUGAAAGGAUGAUAUGACAUCUGUUUAGCUAGAGGGAGUAUAUCAACUUUUAAUGUUUUCCUGACAAUGUGGAUUGUAAAUUUGCUUCAGUUAUUUCAAUGUAUCAUGUGGCAUUUUAAGUAUUGCAUGUAUCAUUCAUCAUAUUUUGUGAUAUUUACACACAGAAAGAUUCUUUUAUAUGUAGUCAUUUCUUCAGAAAACAUGCAAACUUUAUUGAUGUGGAACAGAAUUAACAUAUUUCCUCAGCUCAGAUACAGCUUUUGCAAUUUUAAAGAAAUUUUGUUGACUGAUUAGGAAUUAAGUCAUUUAAAGCAUAAUUUGUUUGGAAUUGUCUUGCGCUUUUGUUCCUCAUAAUAAUAUAAAUUGAUAACUAACAUGUUUUCAUGCCUCAUAAACCCAAGGUUUGUGUUCUGCUCAUCUAAGAUGUGUUGAGAAGCACAGAACAUAUGCUAUACAUGCCUCUGUUUAGAGGAAAGAAACUUAAUUUGUAUAUGGAGGCUUCAGAAAUAUGUAUACUAUGAAUGAAAUAUGAUAAAGCUGCUAUGUUUGAUAUAUACUCAUCUCGUAAACAGGUACUUUGUUCCGUCGACCUGCUGCACAUCCUCAAAAAGCUCAAUUUCAUCCCUAUGUUGUUGUAUAUUGUCUUGGCUAAGUCAACAAGAACUGCAUGUUGGUACGACUAUGGUAAACAAAUGUAGUAAUGACCAAAGGACGUGGUAUGAUAUGAGACCAUUUUUUGACCACUAGAUUUGCCAAAUUUGGAAAACUUCAAAGAAUGUCCAGAAUUUGUGGGGUAUUGCCAGUAGGUCUUUUUCAGUUAAAUGUUUGAAGGUUUUGAACAACAUCCAGCCUGGAGGAGUGACCAAAAUAUGUGCUUUUCAGAGAGCAUUUCUGACAUAAACCAGGUUUCUUUCUCAGUUUUGACAUACAGUGAAAAUAUCACCCAAGGACAAGGUCAGGGUUAGGUUGAUUUAUUUUUUCUACGUACAUGCAUAUGAGUAUUCAGGGUUAUUUUAUUUAUCAAGUAGUUCAUGUCUUGAAGGAAUAUCUUCUGGCUGUCGUUAGUUUCAAGGUUAGUGGACCCACAUCACACCCAUCUUUUGUCUUGCUGACAGGACACUUUAUGAAUGCUUCUUCAGAUCAUGCUGGAUUAUAUAUAUAUAAACUUGAAAGUGUUAAUAUGCAAUAGUAAGAUAAAACUUCGGGACAAUUGUAGGUCAGCAGCACUUUCUGUUUGCAGCAUGUUUGAAUUAUUUUUUCGGAGAUUGUUGGGUUUUGGGCAUGUGUUGAAUUGUUCAACUAGUUCUUCUUUGUCAUUAUGUUGAUCAGUCAAUUUGAAGACCAGGCUUAUCCUUUUCUAUUUUAUUAUAUCAUUCAUGUUCAUACUGAAUAAAGAGAUUGAUUGUUAA